AUGAAUUUUACCGAGGCUACCAUCGCUGGCGGCUGCCUGAAGCUUGAGGCUUCACGAAAAAUUGAAACUCGAGGAAGUCGGAGCAGGAAGAGAAGAAGCACGCCGAAGACGAGUCUGGCGACGCGAAGACGAUACACGAGAAGACAGAUAACAGAACUGCUUUUCGAGAGUUGCAUCGAUUGUGGAAAAAUGGCUUCUAUUCCGCAAGGUGCUUUCGCAGUGUCAAAAGUUCGCUCUAAUGAGAAGCAUGCUGUUUCUAUGUCCAUAAUGGAAAGAAAAGACAAGGCUGAAGAAAAGAGAGAAAAUGUAUUUAAUCCGAGAUGUUCUUUAAAUGGUUUGGAGUUGACGCCGCUCAAAUACAAUAGCAAGUUAAUGAACAGCAUUUGGGGCCUGUACAAUCGUUACUCAGUUCAUAACUUUAAGAAGAACACUGAUGCUGAGAAGGGGGCCCGCGGCGGGGUGGCCGCGGCGAUCUGGGGUGCUAUUUUGGAGUACCAGCCCCCGAGCGCCAAUGCCGCCGCCACCACCACCGCGGAAGCCCCCCCGAUCAUGAGGACCGGAAAUCGUCUUUAACGUGACGUGGUCGCGUCACUUUGAAAAGCCAUUUAAAAAUAAUAGUCGGGAAAUAAGCGCAAAUUAUGCGCAUAAUUACAAAAUAAGUUGGGGUAAAAAAUAUAUAAAUACGCGUAUUCGCGUGGAGAAGAUUGUGUGUACAUGAAAGAUAUAUUAGUAAUUAUAUUAUGUAGUAAUUACAUAGAUACAAGUUUUAUGAAGAUUCUAAAUGGCCAGUUUGGCGUUUGUACUGCGUGCGUUUUACAUUGUAAACCUCGAUUAUGUUAUUUCAGCAUCAUUGUAUCAUUUUUUUGCUGUGUUCUUAUUGUUGCUUACUUCGUUCGUUUUAAGAACUGAGCUGUUGUUUAUAUUCGCACUAAGCAACUUAAAAUCGUGCUCUCAUCGUAAUAAUCAGAUAAGAUUAUUGUAGCAGUAUUUAAUAUUCCGUUUAAGAAUAUAUUUCUUGAGAGUCUGGAAUCGAAUCGUUUAAAAAGUUUAAAACUUUUUUCCUAUUAAAUUUUUGUGUAAAAAAUGAAAACUUUUAUUUCAAAGAACAUAUUGAAAACAUGUAAGAUUGAUUGUCAAAUACAAAGUAUUUAUGACAUAGUUAUUGCUAAUAAAAAAUUGCUAAUGGA